GAUAAUAAGUUUUUACAACGAACAUGAACAAUUCAACACAAGGAAAUAUAACCUCCCAUUCGACACAUCCAAAUCCUAUUCAUAUUCUAAUAACCUUGUAUUCUAUUCUACUUGCCUGGUCUCUUCUUGGUAACGUACUCGUUAUCGCUGUCGUGUAUUGCAAUCAAAACUUAAGGACAAAUAUAAACUACUUGAUUGUCAAUAUGGCUGUAUCAGACUUACUAGUUCCGUUAGUAGCAAUGCCAUGGUCUAUUUGGAAUUUUGCGACAAAGUCUGAAUGGUUAGUGGACGGUCCCCUUGGUGAGGCACUGUGUAAACUGUUUCCCUUCCUCUUUCAUAUAUCACCACUUGUAUCAUCUAUCAGCCUGGUUAUCAUCGCCUUUCAAAGAUUUAUCGCUGUUGUUUAUCGAAAUCGACGACAGAAUUUAAGUCGUAAAACAAGAUGGAUUGCAAUCGCUUUCCCUUGGAUCGUAGCCAUGGCUAUCUUCUCUCCAUUCUUUUGCGCCUAUCGUCUGAUAAAUGUAUGGGGCUACACGAAGUGCGACUAUUCAUGGUCACCAGCAUUUGACAAUUGGAGAGCUGAAAUGAUAUUGAUUUGCAUACAAACUGCGGUGGGCUUUGUUAUACCAUUCAUCAUAAUCAUAAUCUUGUAUACUAUAAUAGUUUAUGAACUACAUAAAAGCUUGUACAAUGUCAUGAACUUGAUGCAAAAAGAAACUAUACGUUCUCGACAGAGGAGAAACCGACGAAUAUUCAGCAUGUUAAUAACUAUAGUCGUAAUGUUUACCAUCUGUUGGUGUCCUUUAAAGGUGUGUGAAAUGCUGUACUAUAGCAAUCACCAUUCACUAUUGUCAAUGGACCAUGACACUUUUGGUAAAAUGUACAAUUCGUUUCUAUAUAUGUGGCUCCUUCUAGCGGCUAUCAAUCCCAGCAUCUAUUUUGUGUUUCUGAGGGACUUUAGACAAGGACUAAAGAGUCUAUGCUGCAGGAAAACUACAGCAGAAAAUGAACUGAUACCAAGACGACCCAGAACACCAGGUGGAGAUAGUAACCAGGACCCAACAUGCACUAGAUGCACCAGAACAUCAGGUGGAGAUAGUAACCAGGACCCAACAUGUAACCACCUCACAUCAAUACCGCUUCAGUCUAGGAUGAACAUCAACACUAUAUACACCAGAACAUAAACCAAGAGGAAUUGCAAAAAAUCAAAUUUAACAUAUUCGAUAUUUUAGCUAUGAGGAUAAACUCUGCUCAGUAAGUUAACGAGCUGAAGAAGACACGUCUGCGUAGAAAAAAGUUUUUAAUAGGCCUAUGUGUAAAAACAAUUAACUUGCAUUGUUAAGUCUAACGUGUUUUCGUAGGUUGGAAUCAUUUACAAAAUUUAAGACGCUUCCUCUACCAUGAAGUAAUACACUUAUGAUAUUCCGUGUACCCUACUAUACAUAUUGAACAAAAUUCAAUGAAGGUUAAAAGGUUUAAAUGCUUAAAAGUGCAAAAAUCAUCGUCAGACGAAGAACAAGGGUGAUAACUCAAAACAUUGAAAAAGAGGGGGAAAAAACACAGCGUAUACAUAUAAGUACAUACAGUCAAUGUCAUUAACGUUGUCUACCGAAAAAAGACAUUUACACAUUUA